AUGCGAGACAAGUGUUCGCGGCAUCACACUACGGCAAAAGCGGGUGAUCAGACCUUGUCUUCUUUCAUAAGUUCACAAUCUAGUUACUUUCUUUGUUUAUUUCUUUCUUUCUCGAUUCUAGCAAACCUUGUCUUUCAUACACUAUUAUUUUUCUUUCUAGUUUAUAUCAGCACUUCUUUUCUUUCAUACUGUACCUAUUUUUUAGUGCUUUCUUUGUUUCUUUCUUUCGUUCAGUCCUUGUCUUCUUCAAUACAUUCACUUCUUUCUUUCUUUUUCUUUCUUUCUUUCUUUCUUUCUUUCUUUCUUUCUUCUAGCAGUCCUUGUUUUCCUUCAUACAUUCACUAUUCUUUCUUUCUUUCUUUCUUUCUUUCUUUCUUUCUUCUAGCAGUCCUUGUCUUCUUCAAUACAUUCACUUCUUUCUUUCUUUCUUUCUUUCUUUUUCUUUCUUUCUUUCUUCUUCUAGCAGUCCUUGUUUCUUCUUUUUUACUUUCACUUCUUUCUUUCUUUUUUCUUUUCUUUUCUUUCUUUCUUUCUUUCUUUCUUUCUUUCUUUCUUUCUCCAUUUUUCUUCUUUCACGCAUUCACUUUUCUCUCUUUCUCUCUUUUUUCCCUCGUUCAUCGCAUUCUUUUUUUUAUUUCAUACAUCCACUUUUUUCGUCAUUUCUUUCCCGUUUAUAGAAGUCCACGUCUUCCUUUAUAG